GGUCCCAAACUUGGAUUUCAUCUUCGCCAGAGAGUGACUCGUUCAAGUGGCGGAGAAAGAUCCUCCGGCCCUCUUCUUUCUCACUGUAACUUUCCAGCUAACGCUCCCUGAGAAUGGGUGACUGGAGUGCUCUGGGUCGUCUGCUGGACAAGGUCCAGGCCUACUCUACUGCUGGGGGGAAGGUCUGGCUGUCGGUCCUCUUCAUAUUCAGGAUCCUGGUCCUGGGUACUGCAGUAGAAUCAGCCUGGGGAGACGAGCAGUCUGCCUUCAAAUGUAACACCCAGCAGCCUGGUUGUGAGAACGUCUGUUAUGACAAAUCCUUCCCCAUCUCCCACGUUCGUUUCUGGGUCCUCCAGAUCAUCUUUGUGUCAACGCCCACACUCCUCUACCUGGCUCAUGUCUUCUAUCUGAACAGGAAGGAACAGAAAUUCAACAGGAAGGAGGAGGAGCUUAAAGCUGUGCAAAAUGAUGGAGGUGAUGUUGACAUUCCACUGAAGAAGAUUGAGAUGAAAAAGUUAAAGUAUGGGAUUGAGGAGCAUGGCAAAGUGAAGAUGAAGGGGGCCCUGCUCAGAACUUACAUAGUCAGCAUUUUCUUCAAAUCUAUGUUUGAGGUGGGGUUCCUGGUUAUUCAGUGGUACAUGUACGGCUUCAGCCUGUCUGCAGUCUACACCUGUGAGAGGUCCCCAUGCCCACACAGGGUGGACUGUUUCCUGUCCCGUCCCACAGAGAAGACCGUGUUCAUCAUCUUCAUGCUGGUGGUCUCACUGGUGUCCCUGCUGCUCAACGUUAUUGAGCUUUUCUAUGUGUUUUUUAAGAGGAUCAAAGAUCGUGUGAAGGGCAAACAGCAGCCCACACUCUACCCUGGUGGAGGCACCUUGGGCCCCACCCCGAAAGAACUGUCCACGGCCAAAUAUGCCUACUAUAAUGGCUGCUCCUCCCCGACCGCCCCGCUCUCACCCAUGUCCCCCCCAGGCUACAAGCUAGCAACAGGGGAGCGGGGAACUGGCUCGUGCCGUAAUUAUAAUAAGCAGGCCAAUGAACAGAACUGGGCCAACUACUCCACAGAGCAGAACCGGCUCGGCCAGAACGGUGGAGGAAGCACUAUUUCAAACUCCCACGCACAAGCCUUUGACUUCCCUGAUGAUACCCACGAGCACAAGAAACUGUCCUCAUCAGCAGGACACGAGCUGCAGCCACUGGCACUGAUGGACGCCAGGCCCUGCAGCCGGGCCAGCAGCCGGAUGAGCAGCCGAGCCAGGCCAGACGACCUGGACGUGUAAGCCCUGCUUCCUCCUCCCACCUCAGCCUGACUGACGGGAUGUGUGGCUGCAGCCAGAGAAUCAGGAAACACUCAAUCACAUAAGUUCAUGUAAGAGGUGGGGCUAACUUUGAUCACUGUCUUCAGCAUAGAGACUCUUAGUCAAUCAAAGAGACAUUAAAACUUGUUAUGUAACACUGUCAAAGGUACAAGUUGCAAAUAUUUUUUCAAUGGCGUUUACCGUAACUUUUUAGUGGAGCUAACCCAGCUUUAAGACAACAGAACGGCCACAGGAAUGAUGCAAGAGUCUAACAGAGGCGCUCCUUAGAACCAGUCACUGAUCAGUUCAACAGAGGAUGACACUGGUUUAAGUGACUGAUUUGGUUUUAAUUUGCAAAGCUUAAAUUUAAGGAAAAUUCUGUUUGUUUUUUUAUUGUUUCAUAGUUUCUUCUACUCUUCCUAUUGGUGACAGCAUUUUACUGGCCACAGUCACAGCUGGAAUCUGAAGGUAUGAUGGCGGCUUUACAGUUGGUUGCCUUCUUAACUGCAUCUUUGUAACAUCUGACUAGAUGAGAAUUAGAUUUUUCUGGUUCAUUUAUAGCCCUUUUUAUUGAUCAAUUAGCAUUGUCCCUGUCAAAUAAACUACAAAAAUCCAGUUGGACAAUAAACAAUCUCCAUCCUCACAUGCGCCUUAAUUUAGCUUGAUGAUGUCAAUCAUAUAAUUUGUAAUUUAAGGAGGGAGUUGAGGGUGAACCAGAUAAUUUAGACUGUGGGCAAUAAUUAUAACUGCGACCAUGGACGGUUUGGUAUAAAAAGCAUGCAAACAACCCAUAACACAGUGCCCUGUCAUUAAAGUAACUAGAGCUAUUUAGUUAAGGUUAGUUAGGGAAAGAGCUCCUUUAUUUUAGGCGAUAGGAUGGAAGUGUGUUGAAGUCACUCACUUUCUUUGUCCCUAAGAGGUAUUACUGCAGAAUGACAGCACACUACUUCCACCUUAGCUCCUGAGAGACAGUCAUUACAUGUAUGAGCGGAGCAGAUCUCUUGUUGGGAGCACGUAAACACAGGUCAUAUUAGUGGUUUGAACAAUCAGUGCUGUUGUUUUUCAGGUGAAGACAGUAUCUCGCUGUAAUACUGUAUAAACCUGUGUGAGCUCUUGUGUGGCGACUCGGUGCACUCUGUUAUAAAACUGUAUGUAGCACAUACAAUAAGACAUCAUCAUCAUCAUCAGCCAACAGGAAUGAUUGCCAAAAGUAUGACAAAGGAGAAUCAAAACCAGGCCAUAUUAAAGCAGAUUUUUUCUUCAUUGAGACAGGUGAGCUCACUGACACACACUCAAACAACACACACACACACACACACACACACACAUUCCACAGUGCCCUUGAGUGUUUUCCAGACAUGUUUGUAUUGAAAGAUAGUUUAAUGGACUCAUAGCCACACUUGAAUUGAGUUUCUCAUAGAGUUUGCUUGUGUAAUAAAGCUAAAUAUAUGUGUGACUGAACAUUAUUAAUACAUUUUUACUGCUUUCACCUACAUCAUAACUAUCUUAUCCCAGUUUGGAAACUUCCUUUUUUGUCUCUCGGCCACAACAAAGAGAGGAGUUAUUGUCCAGUGCCUUCGCCUAGACAAAGAACUGCUACAUGGAACAUAUAAACCACUUGCUUCAUCCUUUACAUGUGACUCACAGUAAGGGUUUUUGGAAGAAUGGUUAAUAUGAGUUAUAGUAAAUAUUUAUUGCUUUACAUGUGCAGGACACCUACCACAAAGAGAAAAAAUUGACUACUAAACACUAUCUCUCAACGUAAACAUGAACUCCCACAAACUGCAUAUUUAUUGACAGUAAAAACAUUUUUUUUCUUAAGUAACAUUGUCAGUCAGUGUGGACUGUUGUUUCCUGAUAAACUUUGAAUUUAUGUGGUGUUAUGUUUCAUUUUAUGGUUUUAUUUGUCUUUUUUCGGGGUGUCUGUGAGAAUGGCAGGGCUGAGGGUUCAGGCUGCUGUGACACAGCAAACUCUGAUCUGCUUUUAUGGGGGUUCCUUGAAGAAAGGCUUUAUCACUGUCAUUGAUUCGACAAGUGUGUUCUUUUUUUUCAGCUUUUGUGGGCGGUAGAGAAAUACAGUAGAAUGAUUAUCUGUGUUUUACAUAUUUGAGUGAAUUAUUUUUUCGUUCUGUAGGUAUUGUUUUUCAGACUUGAUGUAACUUGUUGCUGCUUGAGAAAUAGAUGUUUAGUACUGUAAAUCAAGCUAUGUCAAAAAAUGUGAGUUUCUAGAAGACUGCUUAUAGAUCUGGACUAAUAUUUAGUCAGUUAUAUUAAAAUGUAUGCCAUUGUAGCUCUACCAAACUACCAAACACUAGGGUAAAUCUCAAUUUGGGCUUUUUUCUUAUUUUUGUCAUUUUUUUAAAUUGCCAUUUGUGCAUCAUUUAGUCGGUACUUACAUGUAUCAUGGAUCUUUCAGUUUCAAUAGCGUUUGCACUGAGAUCUUGGUGAUAGAGAUAUGAUGCACACAGUAAGUGGUAAGAGUUUUCACACAUGUUACUAAUUUAUUGUAUAACACAGAAAUCACUACAGUGCAUAAUAUCAGACAUCUGACCACUGAUUUCAUUGACUGGUUCUGUGAGAGAUGUCUUCCAUUGACAGAACAGGAGCAACAGUCAUUCUUUGCAGUAAUUUAGACAUUGCUAAUCCAUGGGGAUCCACUGUUGUACAGUUUAAGUGCAUGAUAGCAAAACAAAAACUCAUUAAUUGUAUCUGUGAAAAGCUAUUUUAACCAAUAAAUAUUUUUCUGUCUUAAUCACUGAUGUAUUGGUUUCAUUGCAGGUCAUUUUUUUGUCAUCUCUGUGGUUUGAGUGGACCACCAGUCAGGAAAGUGUUUUCAUUUUGGCACCUUAUGAUUUGGGUUUAGUCUUUCGACAAAAAAUUGUUGCCGUUUCUUGUCAAUAUUAGUUCAGGCACACUGCCAUUUUAUGUCUUCUAAUCAUUCAGGUUACUGAUGUUUGAUCUUGAAACUGUCAAUACACAACUUUGAUGUAAUUCUUAGUUCUUAAACUCUGGAUGUUUGACCUGGCCAUUGUCUGGGUUUAGCUUGCGCACCCCAUAACAUUAACACACACAUACUGUAUUCCUUUAGAAAACAUCUACAGGAAGAAUUAGAUGGUUUGCAGCAGUCCUGCACUCAUUCCUAAACACACGAAACGUUGACUGAAAGUAAUGUUGCCUCCACAUCCUUGAUAAUGUUUUGUUAGUAUUUGCUUUCCUUUUCAUGACUGUUGGCACGCUGGCCUCUAUGUUUGUUCCAGCUGUUGUGUUGCUGUCAAAAUCCAUAUUUACUUCAUGAAUCUGUUUUCUAUAAAAAAGUAACGUUAGCUUAAAGUUUAUCUAACUUAAAAUGCCUUCUAUUUGUUUCAGUCUCACUUUCAUUGUGGAAAAUGGUCAUCAAUAAAUCUUACUUGUUAUAGCUUUUGUUGAUUAAGACUGCAGUAAAAACUGACAGAACUGUGGCUUCAUCUUUUUUGACAUCACAUGAAUUAUUAAAAGAAAAUGUAUAACUCAGCA